CUGCGUUUCACAGCGCAUGCUCAGACAAAGGAUUUACCGCUUGUAUUUCCUGCUUGAUGUUUCCAUUCAGAGCGAUGGCAAAAGUGAAAGCCACCUUGGUUUGUGCAGGGCUUUUUCUUUGUUCAAUUGUGUUUGCAAUUGUCGAAGAUCUCGAUGACACAUUUAAAGACACCAGAUUGGAUGAUGUCUGGCUGGUGGAUUUCUAUGCACCGUGGUGUGGCUAUUGUAAAAAACUGGAGCCAAUUUGGUAUGAUGUCGGCGCUGAGUUGAAAAGCUCUGGAUCGCCUGUGCGGGUGGGCAAGAUGGAUGCCACAGCAUACUCAGGUAUGUCCUCAGAAUUUGGAGUACGGGGAUACCCUACAAUAAAAUUGCUGAAGGGGGAUCUUGCCUAUAAUUACAAGGGCCCAAGGACAAAGGAUGACAUUAUAGAAUUCGCCAACAGAGUGGCUGGGCCAGCAGUCCGAGCACUUCCCAGCAAACAGAUGUUUGACCAUAUGAUGAAGAGACAUGAUGUGCUUUUUGUAUACGUUGGCGGGGAGUCUCCACUCAAGGAGAAGUAUAUCGAUGUGGCGGCUGAGCUGAUCGUCUAUACAUACUUCUUCUCAGCGUCUGAAGACGUCUUGCCAGAGUCUGUGACUUUGCCAGAGCUUCCAUCGGUUGUGGUCUUCAAGGACGGGUCCUACUUCACCUACAAUGAGUACACAGAUGGCAGCUUGUCCUCCUGGGUUAACAAAGAGCGAUUUCGGAGCUAUCUGCAGAUCGACGGCUUCACCCUCUAUGAGUUGGGAGAAACAGGCAAAUUGGUGGCGAUUGCAGUCAUCAACGAGAAGGACCCAACAGAGGAGAGUGGCAGGUUAAAGACUAUGAUUCAGACAGUAGCAAAGGACUACAGGGAACAUUUUAACAGGGACUUUCAGUUUGGCCACAUGGACGGAAACGACUAUAUCAACAGUCUCAUAAUGGGGGAAGUAUCGGUGCCCUCCAUCAUCAUCCUCAACACGUCUAACGAGCAGUACUUCCUGCCCAGCCAGCCCGUGGAGACCCUGGAGCAGCUGGUCCACUUCAUCAACAGUGUUCUGGACGGCUCCGCUCAGGCCCAGGGAGGAGACGGCAUGUUCCAGAGGGUGAAACGAGUGGCUUUCGACGCCAAGUCCACCGUUAUGUCGGUAUUCCGCAGCUCCCCGGUCCUGGGCUGUUUCCUGUUCGGGCUGCCACUGGGCGUGAUCAGUCUGAUGUGCUACGGCAUCUGCACAGCCGAGUCAGAUGAUGGCCAGGAAGACAUGGAGCUUAUGAAGAGGGAGGAUGAUGAGGACGAGGACGAACAAGACGAAGACGAACGUCUGCAAACCACAGGAGAGCUGGAGGGCCCCGAGGAGAAUGGAGAGGAAGAGGAUGGUCAGGAGGAGAAGAACCCUGAUGACAAGAAAGACGAUUAACGGUGUGGCGGGAUAGGCCCAGCGGUGCACAGCGACAUGGAACUCAGAGACGUAUCAGUGAUGUGUUUUCUGUCUCUUUUUUGGGGGGCAUUCUCAAACACCCCUUCUUUGUCAGACAAAAUAUUUUUUAUGUGUAAAUAUAAGUCCGUUAGGUCAGACUCCAGACAACACAUUAAAUCCUGUACUAAAUUAAACUAGUCAUUCAAUAUUGGUAAUGAAUAAGAAGCAUUUGUCAUUGAUAACUGUUACAAAAAAGACAACAUGGAAAUUUGCCAAACUUUUUCAUAAUUAAUAGGGUUUAACUUAUUAUCAUUGCUUAACCAACCAUUACGCAAGGCCAUAUACUGUACUUAACAUUUGUAAUUAGAUGGGUGGGGGGAUUACACUUGUAAUGGUUAAACAGGUAACCCAUUUCUCCCGUGCCCAAUCAAAGUUUUGGUCCCUCACUGAAUGUUGCAAAUCACCUAAAGUUGACUUCAGAGGAAGUGCCCAUGAAGGAAAAUCCGCCAUAUAAGGAAUAAUGCUUUUUUCUAUUCUACUAUUCUUAUUGCCUGAUGAGAGCUGCUCUGCUCAUGCGAAUCGCCUUACGGUGUCGUUAAUGCGUUUCGGGUGGACUCUCACGUCCGUUACUCCAGACAAUUAUUCAUAGAACAUUCUCAGAAAAGAUACAUCCAGUAAAUGUUGGCUUGAAAGGGUGUCUGGCUUAUUUGACAUGCUGUAGUUAUAAAUGGCCAUGAACAAAAGUUGUUUUCUCUCAAAUUCCAAAGCUAAUGGUUAGAGUGUGAUGGGUGACGGAGGCUGCAAGAGCUCCAAAUGGGUUUGUUUGUCCGAAUUGGCACACCAUCCCCUUUCCCCGACCCUGUUCCCCAUGAGCUACAAUCCUGUAGGUUUUCUUUUCAACCUACAGGCAAACCGUUCUCCUAAAUCAAUAAUAAAUUUUUAGUGAUUUAGUUGAUUUUGUAUCCAGUGUGACUUACAGUUACUGCAAUCUUAAUUUUGCUUGGUGGAACAAACACUGCAACACAGUUCUAGACUAAAGUUCAAAUUGGUUUACACAGCCCAACAAUUCUGGUUUACACACACACACACACACACACACACAGAUUUCUGUACACCAAUUAGAUAAGCUCUUUAGAAGAUAUGUGAAAAACUCUGAUGUAAUUGGUCAAAAUAUUAUUUGGUCUCACCAAUUACUGAGAAACAAAAUAAUUCUGCUGCCUAUGAGAAUAUAGUUCUCAAGGAAAAGUGUUUGAGAGGUCAGCCUUAAAGGGCAUUGUUUAUGACCAGAUCCUAUGUAGGUAAUAUGAUUCAAUUUUGGAUGUAGAGGAAUUUUUUCUUUUUUUGUUUAACCAUGCCAGUCAAUGAACAGUCUUACAGUACUUACAAUGCUGGCCUGGCAGGACAAUCAUAGAGAUGGAAAGAGGUCUCAUCUGUGUAUUUGUGCCAUUGUGGAAUCUCUUAACAUGAGCUGGGCCAUUGAGCCCAACUCCAUAUUAAGUUGGUCAAUUUUAGUCUAAUGAGUAGAUUGUUAAUUUGUUAUGAGGGACAAGAAAGUUGGAUCUAACAGCCAGUUCACCACACUAACAUGUCAGAUGCCUUUAGUGGGGAUGUCCUAGUUCCAACUUGUUUUUUCCCUGUUAAGUGCUCUAACCAUCUCUGGAUCUCUUGUAGGGGCUGCAUGUAGUCGAGCAGGUAAAGCAUCCAACGAGUACACAAAAGGUUGCUACAAUAGACUGAAUUACGGAGCUCGAUAGGUGGAAAAAUUUCUCUGAACAAAGCAGUUAAUCCUGAUUGCUCCCAGGUCAUUGUUGUAAAUGAGAAUGUGUUGUCAGUCAACUUACUAAAAUAAGGGGGAAAACAAUGUGAUUGUAAUAUACUUGACAUGACACAUUAGUUGUCUGGCUGGGACUUCAUUGGGUUUGGGAAGGUUCCCAAUACAUGACAUUUUAAGAAAACAUACUACUGGUCACCACAACCCUGCCCUUGCUUUCACAGACUCCCAAACGAAACAGAUACAGAGAUUCAGAGUCUAUCGAUUUCUAUGUUUACCACUUGUUGCCAUCACCAUCAGUCCUGGUAGUUCAUGUCUCUUGGAAGAAAAUGGUAGCAACCAAAUGCACUGAGAUUACAAUCAAAUCCAUGUGAGUUCUCAACGCACUGGUAAAAAACUGAUCAUGGUUUUUACAGUACUUCCAGUUCCCCAUUGCAAUAAAAAGGGUCACAGGGCUUGUAAAGGGUUAGAGUGAUAUUUAUAUUUUUAGGCCUGCAUAUGCAUAACUAAACAAAAUGUAUUUUUUUGGAAUGCCAUGGGGUUGAUAGACAGUGCCACAUCUCCAACUAAUGUUAGUGGGAUGUUUGUGAAAUGUUACGUUAAGGUAGGUUUUGUAGGUUAUAAAAAACAUGAUGCCCAAUCCUUGUGUUACCCAGUCAAUAUGUAUUGCAUAACGGUUGACACAUUUUGUUUUCUGAUUUCAUUGUGCUUGUCUACCCAAGUAAGUUUUUAGUUGACUAAAUUAGACACCCGAACCCAAACACACCUCUUGGUUUUCAGAUGACAAACCUGAUCUAGGAUCUAUUAUCCUAACUGUGAAUCUGCACUAUGGAAACCAACAGGCCCUAGCCUUGCCUUCUAUUCAUUGUAGUUGCCUACCAUUCUCUCUUUCAAACUCGACUCAUUGGGUUUGAAUUGAGAUUGUCACACUUUAUUACUGGUUUGAAAAAAUAAAGAUUGUCUUUUUCUUCUUGACUUAA